AUGCGGAAAAAAAACAGAAACCUGCGCUCUAGUGGUGGUGACGAAGGCGGGAUAACUUCUGGUCUAUCAAGUAGACACCCAUUCUCGAUUCCUAAGCGCAAUGGAUUUGUUUCUGUUGGCGAAAGCUGUAUUCUGAAGACAAAUCAUUUUAAACCAUCGACUUAUUGUGACAAUAUUUACCGAUAUGAGGUAUUUAUGAACUAUGAGUUUCUGUCAUCUGGCCCCUCUCAUGCUACCGCCAUCUCAUGUGGUGUCAAACGUGCUGUUAUGAGAAAGCUUUGCAAGAUGUAUAGGGAAUCACAUUUGCGUGGCCGGCGUCCUGCAUAUGAUGGAAGGAACAGGUUAUAUGCAUCUGGACCGUUUUCAUUUGAAUCUGAGACCUUUGUUAUAACAUUACAAAAUGAGGAAGAUAGUCUUGAUUAUGGGCAAACCCCACAGAGGCCCACGACAGUGUUUUCUGUCACGAUAACUUACAAUGCAUUUUUGACCGGAGCAAUUGACAGUGAAGAAUUCAUUCAAGCAUGCAACACUGUUCUGUGUGAAUCUCCAAUUGAAGGGCAUUUCCGAGUCGGUCGAUCAUUUUAUCGAUCUAGUGCGAUGUUCCACGAACUUGGUGGAGGCUUGAAAGGCUGCUGUGGUUUUUAUCGAAGCAUACAACGCAGUCAGAUGGGACUUUCACUAAAUAUCGAUACUUCCUAUAAAGCAUUCAUCAAGCCUCAACUCGUGAUUGAUUUUGUUGCCGAGCUUCUUUGCAGACGCAUCUCCGAUGGCCCCAUAAAUUAUAUUGAACGCCUGAAGAUCGCGAAAGCUUUGCAUGGUAUAAAGGUUUAUGUCACACAUAGGGGCGAUGUGCGUAAGAAGUACCGUAUAUCUGGCCUUUCAUCAGAAGGGGCAAGCAAGCUAUCUUUUCCAGUUGGUGAUCAUGGAACUCAGAAGACAGUAAUGCAAUACUUCCAGGAGAAACAUGGCUAUGAUAUUCAGCAUUUUGUUUUGCCUUGCUUGCAAGUUGGUAAUCAGCAGAGGCCAAAUUACCUGCCAAUGGAGGUCUGUAAGAUAGCCGAGGGACAACACUACAGAGAACAGUUAAAUGAGGAACAGUUAUCUGCUCUUCGUGAAGUUACUUGCCAGCGCCCCAUAGAGAAGGAACUGGCCAUUUUACAGACUUCAAAAUUAUACAAUGCGGACCCAUAUACAAAGGAAUUUGGCAUAACUUUUUAUAACAAACUCACAACAGUUGAAGGUCGUGUGCUACCUCCUCCUUACCUUAAAUUUCUUGAUCGCACUGGCAAAAAUGAUGUAUUAGUGUUACCAAAAGUCGGCAAGUGGGACAUGUGGUGCAAGAAAAUGGUCAAUGGAGGAGUAGUUAACACCUGGGCAUGCAUUAACUUUGCUUGGGAAGUCACAGAUGCUCAUGCUCUGAAUUUUUGUGAUGAGUUGGUGCUGAUGUGCAAUGUAUCCGGGAUGGACUUCAGGCCUGAACCUGUGCUCCCUGUAGCAGCUUAUGACCCUAAAUCCGUAGCACGGUCACUCAAGAAACACCAUAAACGUGUCAUGAACAUACUUGGACCACGGCGCCAAAAACUCGACCUGCUGAUUCUAAUAUUGCCUGACAAUAAUGGCACUCUUUAUGGUGACAUCAAAAGAAUAUUGGAGACAGAUAUUGGAGUGGUCUCUCAAUGUUGUCUUGCAAAACAUGUUUUUAUGCCAAAAAAACAGUAUUUUGCGAAUGUUGCCCUUAAAAUUAAUGUUAAGGCCGGAGGGAGAAAUACGGUACUUGUUAGUGCUUUGGAGAGGAAACUCCCCCGUAUUGGUAAAAUACCGACUAUCAUAUUUGGCGCUGAUGUUAGUCAUCCACAUCCUGGAGAAGGAUGUUCUAGUCCUUCCAUUGCAGCUGUUGUUGCUUCUCAAGACUGGCCUGAGAUUACCAAGUAUGCUGGAUUAGUCAGUCCACAAACCCAUCGGGAAGAAGUCAUAAAUAACCUUUUUAAUGAAGAAACUGGUGGAAUGAUCAAAGAGCACCUCAUUUCUUUCAGGAGGGCAACUGGAUGCAUACCUGGGAGAAUCAUAUUUUACAGGGAUGGUGUCAGCAAUGGACAGCUUAAUCAGGUUUUGGAUGUUGAACUUUCUGCCAUAAAAAAGGCCUGUGCAUCCCUGGACCCUUGCUAUAGCCCACGAGUUACCUUUGUUGUCGUUCAGAAACGUCAUCAUACCCGUCUGUUUUCUGAUAACUAUGAUGUUGUGAGUACAAUUUAUGGAAGUGGAAAUGUACUGCCUGGUACAGUGAUUGAUAAAGAAGUAUGCCAUCCCACUGACUUUGAUUUUUAUUUGUGUAGCCAUGCUGUCACUAAGGGAGUGAGCCGACCUGUGCGUUAUCAUGUUCUGUGGGAUGAAAACAAGUUUACGGCUAACGCUUUGCAAACGCUCACAAACCACCUAUGCUACACGUAUGCGAGAUGCACCUCUUCUGUUUCAGUUGUGCCUCCUGUCUACUAUGCACAUCUUUUGGCUUCGCGGGGACGACUUUAUAUUAAACGAGGGCAUGAGGGAUCCUUUCCCGUUCUCAGUGAAAAUGUGAAAGGUGUUAUGUUUUUCUGCUAA